CUGGCAAAAAGGUAACACUGUAUUAUUUUCCUCACUGAUGUACUGUUUCACUGAGCUAAAAUACCCUUCAAAGAUGAUAUCAAUUUGCUGGAAGAUUACGAUUCUUGUUUCAGUUAUGAUUUAUGAAGUUGCUGGCAAAACAGUGGAUAACAAUAUUCAAAAAAUUUGUGGAAAAUCAUUUUUUAUGAAGCAUUACGUCAGCAUCAAUAGAGUUGUAGGUACUGAUGACUUAAAUCGUUUACAAUCCUGUCACCAAACAGCUCCAUUAUGUCCAAACUCUACAUUAACAUUCGUCGGAACAUAUGCAGCUGAUUCAAAAGGAAGACUCGCCUUGAUACUUAAAUUUGAGAAUAUAAAAGCAAAAGAUUGCUGGGGUUUUGCAUUGCAAUGGUCUGAUAAUACGCAAGUAAACAAUGUCUAUUUCAACUUUCAAAACUUGGAAAAAGAUUUUAUAAAGAUUGUUUAUCUCAAAUAUAAUCAAAGCUAUGGAUUUGAAGUAACGGCUCUUCCUAAUGGAGUAACUUAUAAUCUAAAUAUUUUUUCUCCAGCUCGUUGUGAAUUUGAAACAUUGGCGCAUAUAAAUGCUGAAAUCCAGAAGAAGAAAAUGUUUGAGACGUGCAGUGGACCAGGUAAAUACUAAUUGCCUUAAUUUAAUAUAUGCAUAAUAUCUAAAUGGAUUUAAGAGAGAGUAUGACUACUAUUACGGCAUGAUGUAUUUACCAGUGGAUAGUCUACAGCUAAUUCUAAUAUCAACCAUGCCUCAUAAACCCUACUAAUUUAUUAAGAUUACACCAACCUACUACAUGUGGCAUCAGAGCUUUGCAGAAUUUAUCCGUACAGUCAAGAAAAGCGAAGAAAGAUGAUUGGUAAAGACUUGAAAGUAGAAAAUUGUCGUCUCCUUUUGAAAAAAAAGCUAACAAAAUGGAUGAUAAAACUUCUAAGACUGUUAAAUUAAUAGUUAUUGAUAGUAUAACUGCGUAUCCAAAUUACAAUACUUUUGCUGUUGUCUCAGAGCCAAAAUGACAUCCCAAGUCUCACAUAAAAAAUGGGGGGGGGGAGAUGAAGGGAGUUAAGGUGGGGGGUGGAGUAGGGGUGAUAUGUUAGUUGUGAUAGUUGUUUAGCCAUCUAAUCAGAAAUGUAGUGCUAAAUCCACUUUUACAAUCUGUAUGUUUUCGUUGCCGUUUUACUCCCGCAUAGUGUUUUGCGAAUUUUUUUUUUAUAGUUUAAAAAAUUAUUUUAAAUUAAGUAAGUAAAAUAAGUCCUGUCUAAGUAAUAAUUUAGUAAUCACUCUGCACACCAUUAAGAAGGCCGAUGGUGGCGGCAAUAUCCUCUGUAACUUUUACCUCUUUUCCGACGCUCAACUUAACAUCCUUGGGGGGCGCUUCCACUCUCCAGAAUAUUAGACUGCGUGGAACAUAAAAGAUGUACUCGCUGCACAGAAUAUUAAAGCGUUCCGUAAGCCUGGUGUCUCACAGAAUAAAUGACCAUGAGUAUAGCAUCAAAAACAGC